AUGUCUGCCUCACUUGAAGCCCCCAAGCAAUUCUCUCAGCCGUCCCGUAAGGGAAGGAAGGCGUGGAGAAAAAAUGUCGACAUUACAGAGGUUCAGGAAGGCCUUCAAUUGCUGAGGGAUGAAGAAAUCAAAGGUGGUCUGUUGGCUGAAAAGUCGUCCGAUGAAUUGUUCGUUAUCGAUUCUAAGGGUUCAUCGGAUAUUCGCAAGGCAAUUGAGAAGAAGCACAAGCCUCUGAAGGCGGAUGAGAUCCUGGCACAGCGCUCUGCUAUCCCGGCAGUUGACACCCACAAGCGAUCGAACUCUAUGGUUACAGACGGCGUUAUCGAACCGAAAUCGAAGAGACAUAAGAGCGACUGGGUCACCCGCAAGGACUGGUUACGUUUGAAGCAGGUCGCCAAGGAUGCGACUCCUGCGAAGAAGACCGAGGGAGAUGCUCUGUACGAUCCCUGGGCAGAUGAGGCCGACCCAACACCUGUUCAAGACCCAAAGUUCGAUUACCUGGAGAAGCCGAAACCGAAGGUUGCGCCCCCGACUAUCAAGCGAGCGCCCAUUUCGCUGGCUGCAAAUGGCAAGCCAAUUCCUUCUGUCCGCACACCUGGCGCUGGUGUCAGCUAUAACCCGUCGUUCGAAGAGUGGGAUCAACUCUUGCAGAAGGAAGGAGCGAAGGAAGUUGAAGCAGAGAGGAGACGCCUGGAAGAAGAGCGCAAAGAGCAGGAGAAACAACGUCUGAUUGAGGAAGGCAAGAACAAUGAUGGAGAAGUGAAAUCCGAUGACGAGAGUGCAUGGGAAGGAUUCGAAAGCGAGUACGAACAACCAGAAUGGUUGAACAAGAAGCGCCCUGAGAGAAAGUCCAAGACGCAAAGAAACAAGAUCAACAGACGGAAAGAAGCUGAGAGGAAAGCCAAAUGGGAAGCGCGCAUGAAGGAGAAGGAAGAGCAGGCUGCAAGAGCGAAGGCGAUUGCCAAACAAGUCAAGGAGCAAGAGGGCCAGCAGCAGGAUUCAGACGCUGAUUCUUCCGAGGAAGGAGACGAGACUGUCUUGCGACGGAGACCUUUGGGGAAGACACCUGCCCCUGAGAAACCCCUUGAAGUGGUUCUUCCAGAUGAACUCCAGGAUUCGCUGCGCAAACUCAAACCCGAAGGUAACCUGCUGGACGAUCGAUUCCGGACAUUGAUCGUUCAAGGAAAGCUGGAGUCUCGCAAGCCCGUCAGCCAGCCCAAGAAGGCUAAGCGAAAGGUCACGGAGAAAUGGGGCUACAAGGACUUCAAGGUCCCAGGCGCAUCAUAA